AAUCCUCCAUUUUUUUUCUCUUCUAUUGAAUCAAAGUCAGGUUCUUCUUCUUUCUUUCUAGUUGAACAACAACCACGUACUUGAACCAUUAAUUUAGUCCUUACUCAUAUCCUUUCUUUCUUUCUUGACCAAAAUCCAUUGGCCUAUAAGGCUAUAAAUCAUAGGUACAAAUGCUAAACAUUUUCUAGGAAAGAGCCAUUUCUUUUCCCUCUAAACACUUUCCAUUGGUGGGGUAUGUAUGCUACCUAUUAAUUAAUGUCGUGUUUUAAUGUUCAAGAUCUGAGAGAAGAAGAAGAACACAUUACCCUGCAUUCUCUCUACUAACAUCUGAAUCUGAAUAUGGAUCUUGUAAUGAGAAGACACAUGAUUUAUGUGUCAUUGUCAGAGUCAGAAUCUAUUUCUCCAAAUCCAGGGACUGAUCAUGCGCAUUCAUCUUCAGGAACGAGCUUUCCAAUCAUAGCAAUUGCCAUAAUAGGAAUAAUGGCCACAGCAUUCUUGCUAGUAAGCUACUACAUCUUUGUCAUCAAAUGCUGCCUCAAUUGGCACCGAAUCGAUAUCUUGCGGCGGUUCUCUCCUUCCAGAAGGCGCGGCGGCAGCGACGAUCCAGCCUUAGCAGUAUACUCAAGCGGAAUACAAGCAGAGCCUCGGGGGCUGGACGAGGCGGUUAUAAGGCUAAUUCCGGUGAUUGGGUACAAGAAUUCGCAGCACAGCAGCUGCGAAUGCGCGGUUUGCUUGAAUGAAUUUCAAGAGCAUGACAAGCUAAGGAUUAUUCCAAAUUGUAGCCAUGUUUUUCACAUUGAUUGCAUUGAUGUUUGGCUUCAGAACAAUGCAAAUUGCCCUCUUUGUAGGACAAGCAUUUCAUUAACAAGUAGGUUCAGCAUUCAUCAGCUUCUAACUCCUCCAACAAUUUAUUCUUCUUCUCCUCCUUCUUCUUCUUCUUCUUCUUCAUCUUCAUCACCACAACAAUUGAUUGAAGAUGAAGACUUUGUUGUUAUUGAAUUGGGUGAUGAGCGUGUUCGUGGUUUGGAAUCAUCACCAUUACCAAGAACAUGUUCUGUUGUUAGUUCUUCACCAAGGAAGAAAGGAAUGAAGCUGAAGAAAGUGACAAGCAUGGGGGAUGAGUGCAUUGACAUGAGAGGCAAUAAAGAUGAGAACUUUUCAGUGCAACCAAUCAGAAGAUCUUUCUCUAUGGAUUCUUCAGGGGAUAGGAAAUUCUAUUUGGCAGUUCAAGAAGCUUUGAAGCAGCAACAACAACAGCAGCAACAGCACAACAACACCAUUGAAGGCUGCAGUGGUGGAAGUGCAAGUGGAAGAGCUAAGAGAUCAUUCUUUUCAUUUGGAUAUGGAAGUGGCAGAUCCAGAAGUUCCGUGCUACCUGUUCUUUUGGACUCUUAAGGAAAUUUUCCUUUUUUUUUUUCUUUUUUUGCUUGUGUUUGCAACUUGCAGCAACUUCAUUAGGAUUCUUUUCUAGUUUUCUUUCUUUCUUUUUUGAUUUUGUGAGAUAGAGAUGUUAGAUGUAUGAAUAGGUCAUAGGAUUUUAUGACAUGCAAAUGCAAAGAUUCAAUUAUUGAUUUAAUCUUAA